UAUGCUCUAAGCCACAGUGAGUGUGAGUUGAGGUUUUACAAUAUCCAACAAGCAAGCAGUUUUUAUAUUGCCUUUGUGUUUUUCUCUUCCCUUUGUUCAGAAAGAGAGAGUAUGGAGAUGAAACUGAUGGGUUGUUGGUCUCUGAUAGUUUUUGGGUUGGUGGUUAUGGUUUUGAACAAUGCAUGUCCUGCAAAUGGGGUCACAUGCCAAGGGGCCCUAAUGACUUUGAUGCCCUGUGAGCCAUACUUGGUGGGUUCUGGCCCAGGCACUCCUGCCGUUCCUUGUUGUGCUGGUGUCCAAACCCUUGUUUCUGAGGCUUCCUCCACUGAAAUCCGCAGGAGCCUCUGUGAAUGCUUGAAAAAAGCUGCAGCUGGGAUGAAGAUUGACCCAGGCAGACUUAAGGCCAUGCCCGAAUACUGCAAGGUCUCCAUGCCCGUACCUCUUGACCCCGCCGUCGACUGCAGCAAAGUUCCUCUGUUCUAAAGGCUGUGCAUGAUGAUGGUAUGAAAUAAAACUCGGAGAAUGAUUAGCUGCAACCCAGAUGUUUUGGGAUGUGCAGAAAAUUAAUUUGUGUUUGAAUCCUUUUGUGCAUCCAAAAUGUGUAUUGAAAAGCAAUUAUAAAGUAAAAGAAUGCCAUCAUUUC